GCCAGUAUCAACAAUGUUGACUUCCGGGUUGUUGUUUUCCGAGAACUAACCUAACCCUCGGACUCGGCGAUUGAGAAUAUUAAAACAUGACUUCAGUUAUUUAGCGGAUAACCAAAGACGAUGUCCAUCAGGGAAAUACUGGAGGACUUUGUCCGCCAUACGGAUUCUUUGGACGAAAAGGACGACGACGGUCGUGAUGGCUUUGAGAGAGAUUUUGCUGAAUUGAAGCAGCGGAGUUUGGAAUAUAAAAACACUUACUCUAGCUCAGCUGGUCAGAAACUAUACAAUGGAGUGAAGAACAGAUACAAAGAUAUUCUUCCAUUUGAGUACACAAGAGUUCCCCUGCAACCUUUACCUGGACUAACCGGCUCUGAUUACAUCAAUGCUAACUAUGUCAAGGGUGUAUCUGGUCACAACACUUACAUAGCAGCUCAGGCUCCACUGCCGACAUCUGUGAUAGACUUCUGGAGAAUGAUCUGGGAGAAUGAAGUGAAGGUGGUCCUCAUGGCUUGCAAUUUAAGGGAAGCUGGCAAGACCAAAUGUGAGAAGUAUUGGCCUGAGUUGGAUCGGGAGGUCCAGUUUGGAGACCUUUUAAUCACACUGACAAAGGAAGAUCACCAAUCGCCAGACUAUACUCUUCGGGAACUAGAGGUCAGAAAAGCCAACAUUUGCAAGGUGGUAUAUCAGCUUCACUACACAGCGUGGCCAGACCACGGAGUACCAGACCAUUAUGACUACAUCCUAGACCUUGUUGCCGAGGCACGGGAAAAACAACAGCAAGAAACUCUACCAAUUGUGGUCCAUUGCAGUGCUGGGUGUGGUAGAACAGGGACCAUAAUUGCCAUAGACUACUGCUGGAGCUUACUGAAAAAAGGAAAACUUACAAAGGACUUCAACUUGUUUAAUGUUAUUGAUGAAAUGAGAAGGCAGAGGCCAUCAGCUGUGCAAACUCCUGAUCAAUACUGGUUUGUGUUCAUGGCAGUCAGGGAACUAUUUGAACGCCAUUUACGUAUAAUUGAAAGGCAUUCGUAUGAAAAUGUCCAGGUGGGAGAGGGAAGCACAUAUGAAAAGGAGGACUCGUAUGAUCCUUAUGAGAAUGUUGAUGUUUUUGAAAGCACAGCUUCCAUUAACCAAGAAGAUGACUAUGCUAUUCCUGAACCUGCUCAUGGUGUUGUGCAGGCUGCAGCUUCCCCAUUUAAGGGCCCCUCAAAACCUCCCCAGGCUGCCCCUGCCAGGAUCCACCCUGCUGAAAUUGCCAUCGAAAAAACCGUUGCCAAACUGGCUUCAAAGCAAGCCGAUUUUUUAGUGCCAGAUUCUUCCGGGCAUGUACCUCGUCAUCCACCAGAAAAAGGACUUGGACCCUCCAGAGAAGAGCGACGCGAGGAAUACGUAAAUGUUGACAUUCCUAAAAGCACCAUGGCAGAGACUGGGAAACCCCUAUUGAAAACUGUAGUAAAGAGGGAUCCUCUUCCUGUCCAGGGGCAGACUGAGGUUCAGAAGCGUGAUGAAUAUGUGAAUGUUGACUUGCCUAAAAGAACCAGUAUUAAGGAGAUGGACCCGAUGCCAGCUGCAAAAGCCACAGUGGCGAGAAAACCCUCAAAUGAAAGCAGAAAUUUGCAAGUUGCUGAUGGAGUUGAUCAGAGUUCUAGUUAUACAAUCCAAGGAGGUACACAUGUCAAUGCAAAGGUUAAGUCAUUCGAAAAAACGCAAAGCAGUGUUGAUGCUUCUUCCACCAGAAAGUCUUCCGCUGACACAAUGCAAAAAGGACAUCAGGCAGUCCAAGAUAGCAGUUUGUUAAAGGGCCAAAAUGUAACUGUAAUAGCUGUGAAAGGCGAGAAUCAAGAGGGCAGAAUUUUUGACAGGAAAGACCCUGUGUCACCUGUUAUGCCUUAUGCAAUAGGCAAUGUGCACUUGAAAGAGAACGCACAUUAUGAGGCAGUAUGGCCAGUUCAAAAAGAGCAAAAUCUGCCUACCCAAGAAGCUGCACAUAUUCAAAUCUCCAGUAAAGAAGAUGAUGCCAGAUCCCAGUCUGUAUCCGAACUGAGGCAAAAACUCGGAUCAGAUUUAGUAUUAGGCAGUGAGCAAGGCAAGAAGUCCUCAACCUCUGAGGACCAUCACAAACUGAACCCUUUGCAGAAGCUAAAGAACAAAAUCAGUGGUGAAGGCAAUCUUAAAUCUGCUGACCAUAAGAAAAAAAAGUCAUUUGAUGAAGACAAAGACCACAGCGGUAAAGAUCAGCACAGUAAACCCCAUCAUGAAGAAAAGGGCGGCCCCUUAGAGCAUCUUAAAUCUGCCUUUCAGCUGGGCUGUGGCUCGUGUGUUAGUGUUGAUCCAGCCUACGCUGCAGUCAUGCAAUCCCAGAAUGCCCCGUUGGAAAAACCACCACCGCAUGGGGUCACACCUGCGUCUGAUGGCUUUAUGAAGGAACUGAAAGCUGCACAAGGGGGUCUGCGGACUGCUGAACCGGAGAACAGGGCUUCUACAAAUGUUAACCAGCAACAGCAUGGUGUUAUAAACAAGACGCACCCCAUCCCACUGCCCUCUGGUGUUAGGAAAAGUCAACCUAUGGCACAGCCUCAAGCUGUCCCAUAUGCCGUGUCAAAUGUCCAGUUGAGAAACUCCACUCACGAGACAGUCACUGGUUCACAUGCUUCAAGUUCUGAUGAUAUACAGCCAUAUGCUUCCAGUAGCGAAUUUGGGCUGAAAGGCAAAACAGUACAAAGGGGCCACAAUAGUGAUUUUGAAGAUGAAGCAGCUGCGCCAUAUUCUGUGACCAGUGAAAUGGGACUCUUUGGCAGAAAAAAGCAAGAAAAUUCUUUUCCAAGUAAGUCUUCAGCUACGCCCCCUGUUGCACAUGAGUAUGCUGACCCAUUCCUGGAUUCUCAGUCCACAGUUUCCGAGUCAUCGGGAGAAUAUGCCGAGCCAUACUCCACAACGAGGGAGCUCUUUGGUAAAAGGAGUUCACAAAAUGAUGCGCGUCCACCAGCAUUAAUUCCCAAGAUUGAAGAAACAAAAGAACCGAACUCUCUUGAGUAUUCAUAUUCCUUCGAGCAUUGUAAACAAAUGCCUCUUUCAUCACCAAAGGGGUUCUUUGAUAAUUCUUCAGUUGGUGGCCCAAAUCCUAAAGCACCUCCGCGGAAAAAGAGGUCAUCACAAGAUGGCAGUCCACAAGGAGAAGGGCAGACUUAUGAACCUGUACUUUUAAAAAGUUCAGAACGUGAUGUUAACCCCCCUGGCAGUAGGGAAAACAGACCUACGGAGGUGAAACAGCCAUUCCAGCGCCCCAGGGCGGUCAGUGAAGAUGAUGAUAAACCCCCUCCUAUUCCGACAAAGUCUGAAGGAGCAUUUUUGGACGUCUCUCAAGUAAAAAGUUAUAAAAGGCGUAGUUGGGAUGAUAAAAUUUGGGCAGAGAAAUAUUCGUGCCCACCUCCGGUGCCAAUAAAAACACCUGAGGCGUACAUGUUACCACGUACCAGAGGCCAACAUUAUGAUGGGGUGAUGCGAUACCCACCAAUGACAAGGUCAAGGUCAUCAACAGACAACAAGUACCAUUCCUUGGAGAGGAAUUUCUUUUCUAAGAAAGAUGUAUCUGAGAAGCCAGAAGAAAGUGGUCCAGAAUCUGGGGGGAAACCUAAGACAACAAAUGUGCUGGAGAAAUUAAUGAGCAAAGUGCCUAUGAAAAGCAACAAGGGAAGGGAACCCAGUCUUCCAUCAGCUGGUGUCAGCACUCCUGCUGUAUUCAUUCCUUUUAAAACAGAUUCAGAUGAGGCAUUGUUUUGUCCUCCUUCUCACCAUCCUUUUUUCAAAAAAGUUGAGUUUCCACACAGAAAUGAACGUAAACCACAAGGACCACGGCCCAUGGUUGGAGCAUGGAAGCUGCCGUAAUGCCCUAGUAGGAUGGCCUUGGCCUUGGCCUUGACCUGGAUCAAGGUCAUUCUAAGGUCAAUCUCAUAUUAGCAUUAGUUUUAUGCCUGAGAAUAAAUUAGACUCAUUCAUAAAUGUAUGUCUUGUCAAAGUGCCAUUUACUUAUUGUUUUUAGGAGCAAUGUUAAAGAAGUUAUCCUCAAAGUUUUGCACUUUGACAAUUAGCCAAAACACUUCAAGGUAUCCUGUUUAAGAUUAGUACAGUUAUGAAGAGUUAUAAUAGAGUGUUGGAGGUAACAGGUUGUAAGAUGCACUUAUAGCAAAUGAGAAAAAUUGACAAAACUGCACACAGUUUCAAUCUAUUAUGUGUUCUUGUUCAGUGUAGGUAAUUGUAUCACAUGUUCAGAGGAAAAAACUUUGAGGCUGCUUUUGAGUGCAAAAUCCUACAUGUUUUUGAAACUCAUGUUGCAGUGCACUUCUUGAAUGUACUAUGUUGUUUGUGCUAUUUUUGUGCCAUAUUAGAAGUACAUUUUUGAGUAUUAAAGCUCAUUCUUAUUCUUGUAUAUUUAUGAACAGUUAAAUGUCUUUUCUCUAAAUGUUUAAAUGGCUUUGUAAAGCUUUGAGCUGCUUGAUGCUAAAGCAAUAUCCUAAGAAAUAUUCUUACUGUUAAUCAUACAUUUUAUGUAUUUUACACGUAUGACUUGUUCACUGGUUAAUGCAGAUAACUAUUUCAUACUUAUCUAAUAAGGAAAACAGUAUAUGUUUAAUAGGGAUCGUCCAAAAUAGCCUGAUGUCCCACAACUUGGGAUAGAAUUGAGAAAGAUUUCAUGGGCUUUGGGAGUGUGAUGGUGCAAUGAAUAAGAGUUGGCAGAUUUAUCUGCAGAUAUUUUUCUGGUUUUUAGCUUUUAAGUUUUGUUGAAUAACAGUUAAUUUCACCAUAAUUUGCAUGUC